AUGGUCUCAUCCCUCUCGGCGGCUCUCGCCCUCCUCUCCGCUACGCUGCCAUUGACCUCGGGUACCGCGAUCGUCACCCCGCGCCAGGCCACAGGCGACGCAAACUGCCAGAGCGUGCACAUCUUCCUCGCGCGCGGGAACAACGAGCCCUACCCAGGACGCCAGGGCAAGCUCGUCACCGCCAUCUGCGACGGGCUCGACAGCUGCGACUACGAGGACAUUCAGUUCUAUAACCCGCUCGAGGCGCCGUACUGCCAGUCCAUCGAAGAAGGCGCCGCCAAUGGCACCGCGCAGAUCACGGCGUACAACAAGCGCUGUCCGGACGCGAAGCUCGUCGUGAGCGGGUAUUCCCAGGGCGGCCAUGUUGUUGGUGAUGUUUUGGGUGGUGGAGGUGGCACGUUCUUCCAGGGUUGUCAGCAGAAAGCGAAUGCUGGGCUAGAUGCCACCAAGGCGCCCGGCAACAAACUUGCUGCUGUGCUCAUCUUUGGCGAUACAAGACAUACGGCCAGUCAACCGUACAACUAUCUCUCGGGAGCUCCGGACAACGGGCUCUUCCCACGACCGGAGAACCAGCUUGCCGGCAUGCGGGCCUUUUCCAGCGUGAUGCGCUCGUACUGUGUCGAAUCCGAUCCGAUCUGCGCCGGAGGAGACACCGCGGCCAACCACCUCAAUUACUUUGAUGUCUACUCCAGCGACGCGGGAGAUGGUUGGCAAGGCAGACACGACGACGUCGUCAUCGUCCUCGAAGACCAGUGCAACGUCGACCUCGUCAACACCAGCGAGCUCGAGCUCAUCGGCGAGCGCGACGCCUACUGCAGCAUCAUCGGCUGUAGGAGGAUCAACCACGGCAGCCCCGACAUCUGCUGA